AAAAACUAUCUUGUGUGAUCUAAUCCACUUAAAGGAACUGACUUAAGUGAUGUAAUCCACUUACGCUUGGCUGCUUUCGCUCAAAUAUAAUUGGCGGCUUAGACCCGUAUUUGUCCCUGCAUCUGCAUUUACCUGGUUUGCUAGUCCAUAUAAUUUAAUCUGCUUCCAUCUCUUCAGGGUGAACACUCAUCGGGAGUUAGUCGAGGGUAUUUGGUUACCUAUUUAGAGGUUGCUGCAAGGCGCAUUGUAUGAUCUACUUGGAAAAUGAUUACUUCCUGUUUAGAAUUUGAUUGACCGUCAUAUGAAGAAGGCUGAAGGGUUCCUCUAAUGGACGACGAAUGCAAUAUUGUAACAGGAGACAGGAAUUGUUUUUAUUUAGUGCCAGGCUUCUAAUGGCAACGAUGGCGCACUAUUUUAAAGCAUCCAUAUGGCAAUUGUCAUUUUGGUUGUGCGAAUGGGAAUGGGAAGCUGCUGCUUAGGAUGGUAAGACGUUCUGUACCUUUGGGCGGUUUGGGAACUGCCCUUGUUCUCUAUGGUGUCCAAGGCAUUCAAGGAAAGGAAGAGAGUGCAAUACUGGGAAUGCGCCUUCAUUGGCAUGAUCUAGCAGAGAUCUGCCCAGCCUACCCAUGCAAGAAGGAAACAAGGGAAAGCCGAACUGAAUUCAAGGCUUUAUUGAGAUUUAUUUGAACCUGGCUUCUGAAUUUCAGCACUGAAACUGAACCUGAUACUGUUAUGUGAGCAGUUGCAGACGAACCACAAAUGGAAGCGGUAGAAUCUAUUCCACAAGAAAAUGAUGGACGUGAAAGUGCCGUUGUAAAACUCCCGCAUUGAACGUUCUACUUGGGCCAUAGCUCGCGGGACUUUGCGCGUAGCAUGAUUUGCAGUACUCGCGCUACCCGCCCUACGCGCUUCCAUCAUUGGUCCAUUUUCUUCUUCCUGCGUCUGUCCUCCUCCAUUUCUUCUUCUACUUCUCCUGUCCUCGUCGACGCUUUACCGGCUGCGCACCACACUCGUCUCUCUCUACUUCUGCAGUGCGGGCGUCUCUCUUCGGACCAACUUCGGCAGAUCCAUGCUCGCGUCUUCACCUGCGGCCUCCUCGAGGACCACCUCGUCGCGACCCGUCUCAUCGGUCACCUCGCCCUGUCUGCCGAUGUCGACUCUGCCCUCCGCCAUUUCCACCAACUCCGCCACCCCAACGUCUUCCCCUUCAAUGCCAUUAUUAGAGUCGUCUCGCAGAAGGGUCUCGCGGGCCAUUGCUUCUCUCUCUAUAGACUCCUCUGUCGUCGGUCACUCUCUCCUAAUGACUUCACCUUCGUCUUCUUACUCAAGGCCUUUUCGGCCGCGUCUUCAAUCAAGUACACCGGGCAGAUUCAUAGCCAUGUACUCAAAUCGGCUUUUCGGGAGGACGUCUUCGUGCAGACUGCUCUGCUUGCUGCUUAUGCUGGCGGUGACGUGGCAGCUGCGCGCCAAAUGUUCGAUGAAAUGCGUCGCAGAAAUGUCACCACUUGGACGUUGCUGAUAUCCGCCUAUGCUCAAUCGGAUCGCUCAGAAGAAGCACUGUCUCUCUUCCUGGGCAUGGUUGAAGGGCGAGAAGUGGUGCCAAACGAUGAUACCAUGGUUAGCGUACUUUCUGCUUGCUCGAGUCUGUCGUCAGAUGGGGCUGAUAAGUGGAGGAGGAGGUUUCUGCAAGUUGCUGGAACUCACUGCCGCAAUCACACGGAUACACCAUUAGUUUACCUGUUUGCUAAAUGCGCAGAUAUUGAAGGUGCGCGCAGGAUUUUUGAUAACAUGCAUCGGAGAACUCUAGUGUCAUGGAACGUCAUGAUUACGGGCUAUCUGCAGAGCGGGUACCCUGCAGAGGCUUUAGCAUUGUUUGGCGGGAUGAGCGUGACUCCUAACCAUAUUACCAUGGUCGCCGUCCUCUCAGCUUGUGCCAAAGUUGGUGCACUGGAGAUGGGAAGGUCGGUUCAUGAGUGCAUUUUGGUGACUGGACCAAAAGGGAUCCUGGAGUCCAAUUCCAUUCUUGCCACGGCACUGAUAGACAUGUACGUGAAGUGCGGAAGCUUGAAUGAGGCGUACAGUGCGUUCGAGAAGAUGAAGAAGCGGGAUGCGGUUGCCUAUAACGCAAUGAUAAUGGGACGAGCCAUCCAUGGGCAGGGGAAGGAUGCAUUAGCGCUCUUUUCCCAAAUGCAGUCGGCAGGCGUGCGCCCCAACGACGUGUCGUUGCUAGCAGUUUUAUGUGCGUGCACCCAUGCGGGUAUGGUUGAGGAGGGGCUUUCAUAUUUCACGGCAAUGGAUGAGGAGUACCAUGUCCCGCGAAAGCUCCAGCACUAUACGUGCCUUGUAGAUCUACUGGGGCGUGCCGGUCGAAUAGAGGAAGCGCUGAAGGUUAUGAAGGGAAUGCCUAUGGAGCCCACUUGUCACGCGUGGGGGGCUCUACUUGGAUCUUGCUACAUGCACUCCCAGUUGGAUGUGGCCAUGGAUGCUGCUGAAGCUCUUAGGAUCUCCAAUCCGUUGAGCUCCGCGGGUUAUGUGAUGAUCUCUAACAUGUAUGCGGCGGGUGGACAGUGGAAUGAGAUCCUUGAAUUGAGGAGGAGGAUGAAGGAGAGCGGGGUGGCCAAGGAGGCUGGCUGCAGUUGGAUCAGUAUCAAUGGUGUUGUUCACGAAUUUCUCGUCGGUUCCAAAUCACACCCAGAACACCAGAGGAUCUGUGAGACAUUGGAUCGGUUGUGUACCGUGAACAUGUAAUGGGUUCUUGGGACGAUUCUUUCUAGAUGCCUCUCCUUUCAUAUUGCUAUUUUGAUUUAUGGGGAACCGUUUCGUUAUUGGAAAUCUGCUACUUUGCUGCAAUGUGGUAGAACGGUGCACCUACAAACAAAGUUUCACACGUGCACGAGAUGGUACGGCUACUCUUCUGCAGAAACAUUCAUGUUUAACAAUUCUGGCUUGAGGUCUUUUGGGGAGGACUGAAAUUUGCAUUCAGGGAUUGGCAAAUAGGUUUGUUGAACCUUAAGUAACCCAACCUAGACCGAAUUAGACAACCCUGAGAAAAAGAAAACCAUUAUCUUGAGUGGUGAAGGUUAAUCUUGGAUAUAAUGAACGCAGUGGUGAUCAUGUCCCUUUUCUUAUGUAUCGUUGCUUUAAGCACUCGUUGGACCUGAGCAGGAGCUGGUGGUACCUAAGGUUAAUCUUGGAUAUAAUGAACGCAGUGGUGAUCAUGUCCCUUUUCUUA